GUCUGCAACUUGAGCCACAAGCGCCCGGUUGCACAGCCGCCUUGCUUUGCACUCAAGCGCUGCUAGCACUCCCGCAGCCGAGUGAGCACAAAGCCUUGUGCAUUUGCAUCGACACAGCCGGCAUCAGCACUCAAUGCCUCUUGGACGCUCUGACGCGACGCCGCAUCAUAACUACUUCAUUUUCCUCGGUGUAGCCGUGAUUAUAGUGCUUGCGGUGCUGCCAUUUGCGUGCGAGGGCCCGCUGCGGCGCUGGAACAAGAACCGACGCGGACGCCUGGAAUGAGGAGCUUCGCAUUGAUCGCAGCGAGUGCGGCGGCGCUGCAGGCACAGCCGCGGGACUGCUUCCUGCUCUCCUCGUUCAGCGACGGCGUCCUGGCGCGGCCCGAGGUGGGCGCGCUGCUGCGCGACGCGGUGCAGCUCAAAACCGGCAGCGUCGACGCGCGCAUACGCCUCACCUACAUACCGACUGCGAUGUACGCUUUGCGCCGCGAGAGCCAGCGGACGCCGGGCGUCCAGCGGCAGAGGGCGCGUCGGGACGGCAAGCAGAAGCGCGACCGCGCGGUAGCCUUCUUUGGUGGCCCGGCGCGCUGCGACGCCGUGACGCUCGAUCUGUGGGACGCCUCCGUCAAGCACGCGGUCGGAGUGGCGGUGCCGACGAAGGGGGCCGACGCGUUGGGUGCCUGGGACCCGCACGUGGUGCUCGUGGACGGCGGGAACACGUUCUGGCUGCGGCGCUGCAUGGAGGACUGGCUCGACGCCUUUCGAGGGUCGAGCGCCGUCUACGUCGGCGUCUCCGCCGGGGCCAUCUGCGCGGGCAAGCACGUCGACACGGCGCUCUGGAAGGGCUGGGACGACCCGGGCAUCGUCGAGGACAUAGACGACUGGAGCGGCGUGCUCGGGUUGGAUUUAGCUGGCGGCGCCUCCGUCUUCCCGCACGCGUCGGCCGAGUACGACGGGCUCGUGGCGGAGAAGACCGCGGCGCGGCACGAGCCGCUACUGAAGCUCGACGAGGGCGCGGCCUACGUCGUGGGCAGCGAUGGAGGCCCCGGACGCUUCGUGUGA